CUCCGCUCCCCCGAUGGAGCUCCCCUCCGUCCGCCCGUGUGCGUCGCCCUUGCCGCCUUUCCUGCGGCUAUAAAACCGGGCCACGCCCCGACCAUGACUCCCCAACUUCAACGCACGCACCACCCCAAAAGCCUCAACAACACCCGAACCAAAGCAAGGCAAGCGAAGAAUCCAUGGCGACUCCCGACGACUGCGCCGCCAGCUGGCUUCUGUACCUUUCGCUCGCCGCCAAAUGCGGCGGCGAUCACCCCGGCCGCCUCGCCGGCCUCCUCGCGGUCUGCGCCGCCGCCUUCGCACUCACCUGCCUCCUGCACUGGUGCUUCCCCGGCGGGCCGGCCUGGGGCAGGUGGUGGCUCACCCGCCGCCUCAAGGGCUCCCUCGUCUCGGGGCCCAGGGGCUUGCCGCUGAUCGGCAGCAUGUGGCUCAUGACCGGCCUCGCCCACCGCAAGCUUGCCGCCGAGGCCUCGCGCCUGGGCGGCCGUGCUAAGAGGCUGAUGGCCUUCUCCCUCGGCGAGACGCGCAUGGUGGUCGCCGCGCACCCGGACGUGGCUAGGGAGAUCCUCUACAGCCCGGCCUUCGCCGACCGCCCCAUCAAGGAGUCGGCGUACGGGCUCUUGUUCCACCGCGCCAUCGGCUUCGCGCCCCACGGCGCGUACUGGCGCGCGCUCCGCCGCGUCGCCUCCACGCACCUCUUCUCCCCGUGGCAGGUCACCGCGUCAGCUCCCCAGCGCGCUGUGAUCGCGCACCAGAUGGUCGCAGCCCUCGCUAGCGCCGGCGCCGGCGUCGAGGUCCGGCGCGUGCUGCGGCGCGCGUCGCUGCACAACGUGAUGUGGUCCGUGUUCGGCCGCCGCUACGACCUGGGCACCGGCAAGGAGAGCGAGGAGGUCCGCGAGCUGAGCCACCUGGUGGACGAAGGCUACGACCUGCUGGGCCAGCUCAACUGGUCCGACCACCUCCCCUGGCUGGCCCGCUUCGACCCGCAGGGCACACGCGCCCGGUGCUCCCGUCUCGUCCCCCUCGUGAACAGCUUCGUCGGCCGCAUCAUCGACGACCACCGCUCCGCCGCUCCGUCCGCCGCCGUCAAGGACUUCACCGACGUCCUGCUCUCCCUCCAGGGCGGCGACAGGCUCGCCGACGCCGACAUGAUCGCGGUGCUCUGGGAGAUGGUGUUCCGCGGGACCGACACAGUGGCGGUGCUGAUGGAGUGGGUGCUGGCCCGGCUGGUGCUGCACCCGGACGUGCAGGCGCGGGUGCACGAGGAGCUGGACCGCGCGGUGGGGCCCGACCGCGCCGUGACCGAGUCCGAUGCCGCCUCCCUCCCCUACCUCCACGCCGUCAUCAAGGAGACACUCCGCGUUCACCCGCCCGGCCCGCUGCUCUCCUGGGCCCGCCUCGCCACCUCGGACAUUCACGUUGACGGGUUCCUCAUCCCCGCUGGCACCACAGCCAUGGUGAACAUGUGGGCCAUAACCCACGACCCCGACGUGUGGGCCGAGCCGAACGAGUUCCGCCCGGAGCGGUUCGUCGCCGGACAGCCGGCCGCCGAGCUCUCCGUCAUGGGGUCAGACCUCCGCCUGGCGCCGUUCGGGGCCGGGCGGAGGAGCUGCCCCGGGAAGAGCCUGGCGAUGGCGACGGUGGCGUUCUGGCUGGCGACGCUGCUGCACGAGCUGGAGUUCCUGCCCUCCCCCGACCCGGCGCGCGGCGUCAACCUGGGGGAGACCCUGAGGCUGUCGUGCGAGAUGGCGGCCCCGCUGGCCGUGACGCCGAGGCCGCGACGCCCGGCGGCGUGAUGACGCAGCGUGCCUACGUACGUGCGCGCGCGCGCCGCUAGCUGCCUAGAGGCGUUGUCGCUACCGGUCGGCUCGCUGGCCUGGUACCACGCACGCACGUACGCUUAUCCUGAUGAGCAACUAGCAAGUGAUGAAUUACCUAGUAGUAGUAGACUUUAUAUAUGGACGUGCCAGGUGACGACCGUGAUGUUUUUGCCUUCUUUUUGUUCGUUCCCAGUUAUUAUUUCGUUAGCCUUUUAUUAUUUUCUCUUCUGCAACUGCCCUGUAAGAUAUUGCUAGCUGAUGUAUAUAUAUUCUACUACCUACCGGUACUAAGAAACAAAUGUCUCUAUCUUGUUAUUAUUA